AUGCCACCUAGCUUGCAGUAUCCUCCCGUUCAAGGGUGUCUGGUCUCAUUCCCUACGCCGCAUACUCUACUCCUCACGCUGAACCGACCAGAACAGCGCAAUUGCAUCUCCCUAGCCACAAGUAACGAGAUCCAACGUCUCUGGGAAUGGUUCGACAACGAGCCUUCUCUCCAGGUCGCCAUUAUCACCGGCACAGGGAAAUCGUUUUGUGCCGGAGCAGAUCUCAAAGAAUGGAACGACUUGAAUGCACGCGGCGUCACCAAUGAAAUGACCGCCCCCGGAUUGGCCGGUCUUCCCCGCCGCCGAGGCAGCAAACCAGUCAUUGCCGCAGUCAACGGGUUCUGCCUCGGAGGCGGCUUCGAGAUGGUCGUCAACUGCGAUAUUGUUAUCGCCAGCGACCUAGCGACUUUCGGAUUGCCAGAAGUGCAACGGGGCAUUGCGGCCGUUGCUGGCUCUCUGCCUCGGCUGGUCCGUAUUGUUGGUAAACAGCGCGCUGCUGAGAUAGCGCUGAGUGGCCUGACUUUUCCUGCUGCCCAGCUGGAGCGCUGGGGUCUGGUGAAUCGCGUGGUGGAGCCUAGUCGGUUGGUAGAUACGGCGGUGGAGUUGGCCAGCGCGAUUGCCAGGAAUAGUCCGGACAGUCUUCGCGUAACAAUGGAGGGGCUGCAUUACGGAUGGGAGAUGACGGGUGUCGAGGAGGGGAGCAGUGCGCUGGUGGACCGGUGGUAUCCCCGGCUCAUGGCGGGGGCCAAUUUCCAUGAGGGAGUGAGGGCAUUCGUGGAGAAGAGAAAGCCACAGUGGAGGAGGAGCAACCUGUAG